AUGACCCAAAUCGUCCACCCAAACAAACAGAAACUCAUCGACCGUGCGGGCGAGUUCUUGACCGAGGUCGAGGACCUUACCCCGGGCCUCGCCCUUGAAAAAUACCUCAACGAACACUACGGCCCCGGCACCCCCUACUACGAAGACUUCUGCACCCUCAUCCGCAACGCCCUCACCCACACCGAAGGCUGGGUCGCGACCACCGAAAUCGAUGGCCCGCACUACCGCCGCAGCCGCGUCAGCGACCCCAGCGCCGACACCCGCUACUUCAGCAUCACCACCGUCUACAUGGACAGCCAGCGCCAGGAGGUGUUCCGCGGGCAGUACCACCGCCACCCCUACGGCGAGAUCAACUGCGUCGUGCAGAUCGACGAGUCCGCGGAGCUGAUGGGCAUGUCCGGGUGGCAGGGGGCCGGGUGGACGUCGCCGGGUCCCGGCACGCACCAUUAUCCCGAGGCCAGGGGGGGAGGCUGGUGGCGUUGUUCUUCUUGCCGGCGGGGAGGAUCUCGUAUGCGGCGAGGCCGGGGGAUGCGCAACCGGCUUGUAUUUAGAUCACCAACUGUGAAUGAGUAUCAAUCAAUCCAUUGA